AAGCAGAGGAUGCAUUUAUCAACAAGGACAAAGUGAAGAAAGAGGUGAAAGCUGCACUAUCAGAAAACGCCACGCUGAGCUGCGAGGUGGCCCAGGAGAAGACUGAUGUGAAAUGGUACAAGGAGGGGAAACUGAUCACCGCGAGCAAGAAGUUCAAGGUGGAGUCGGAGGGCAAAUUGCGUCAGCUGGUGGUGGGUCAGGUGGAGAAGAAAGAUGCUGGGGAGUACUCCUGCGAGGCUGCUGGCCAGAAACUGACCUUCAAGCUUGACGUCACAGGUGAGGAUGAUGUGUUUGAACACAAAGACAAAGUUCAAAAGGAGGUAAAGGCAGUGCUGAAGGAGAACACCACGUUGAGCUGCGAGGUGGCCCAGGAGAAGACUGAUGUGAAAUGGUACAAGGAGGGGAAACUGAUCACCGCGAGCAAGAAGUUCAAGGCGGAGUCGGAGGGCAAAUCGCGUCGGCUGGUGGUGGGUCAGGUGGAGAAGAAAGAUGCUGGGGAGUACACCUGCGAGGCUGCUGGCCAGAAACUGACCUUCAAGAUUGUUGUCACAGAGCCAGAAGACAUGUUUACAAACAAGGACAAGGUCCAAAAGGAGGUGAAGGCUGCACUAUCAGAAAACGCCACAUUGAGCUGCGAGGUGGCCCAGGAGAAGACCGAUGUGAAAUGGUACAAGGAGGGGAAACUGAUCACCGCGAGCAAGAAGUUCAGGGUGGAGUCGGAGGGCAAAUCGCGUCGGCUGGUGGUGGGUCAGGUGGAGAAGAAAGAUGCUGGGGAGUACACCUGCGAGGCUGCUGGCCAGAAACUGACCUUCAAGCUUGACGUCACGGAGGUGGAAGAUGCUUUCAUCAACAAACAGAAAGUGAAGAAAGAGGUGAAAGCUGCACUAUCAGAAAACGCCAUGCUGAGCUGCGAGGUGGCCCAGGAGAAGACCGAUGUGAAAUGGUACAAGGAGGGGAAACUGAUCACCACAAGCAAGAAGUUCAAAGUGGAGUCGGAGGGCAAAUUGCGUCGGCUGGUGGUGGGUCAGGUGGAGAAGAAAGAUGCUGGGGAGUACACCUGCGAGGCUGCUGGCCAGAAACUGACCUUCAAGCUUGACGUCACAGAGCCAGAAGAUGUGUUUACAAACAAGGACAAGGUCCAGAAGGAGGUGAAGGCUGCACUGUCAGAAAACGCCACGCUGAGCUGCGAGGUGGCCCAGGAGAAGACCGAUGUGAAAUGGUACAAGGAGGGGAAACUGAUCACUGCGAGCAAGAAGUUCAAAGUGGAGUCGGAGGGCAAAUCGCGUCGGCUGGUGGUGGGUCAGGUGGAGAAGAAAGAUGCUGGGGAGUAUACCUGCGAGGCUGCUGGCCAAAAACUGACCUUCAAGAUUGUUGUCACAGAGCCAGAAGACGUGUUUACAAACAAGGACAAGGUACAAAAAGAGGUGAAAGCUGCACUAUCAGAAAACGCCAUGCUGAGCUGCGAGGUGGCCCAGGAGAAGACCGAUGUGAAAUGGUACAAGGAGGGGAAACUGAUCACCGCGAGCAAGAAGUUCAAGGUGGAGUCGGAGGGCAAAUCGCGUCGGCUGGUGGUGGGUCAGGUGGAGAAGAAAGAUGCUGGGGGGUACACCUCCGAGGCCGCUGGCCAGAAACUGACCUUCAAGCUUGACAUCACGGAGCCAAAACCUGCAUUUAUAAACCAGGAAAAGGUCCAGAAGGAGGUGAGUGCUGUCCUGACCGAAAGUGCCACCCUCAGCUGUGAGGUAGCACAGGAUGCAACUGAAGUGAAAUGGUACAAAGACGGAAGAUUGCUCAUUUCCUCGAGAAAAUUCAAAAUAGAAACUGUGGGCAAAACCCGGCGCCUGGUUAUAGAGCAGCUGGAGAAGAAAGAUGCUGGAGAAUACAUCUGUGAGGCUGCAGGCCAGAAGCUGACCUUCAAGUUGAAACCAACUGAACCAGAGGCUAAAUUUGAAAAUAAAGUUGUCCAGAAAGAGCCUCUCAUUGUUCAAGAACAUGAAAGCAUCACACUGACUACUUCAGUAACGCCUGAAACUGCUGCAGUAAAGUGGUUCAAGGAUGGAACAGAAAUCAAGGCGAGCAAGAAAUAUGAGAUCAAGAGCGAGGGGGCAUCCAGGACCCUGACGGUGAACCUGGCUGAGAGCACAGACACUGCCGUGUACACUUGCCAGACAAAGAACGACAAGCAGGAAUUCAAAGUAAAGGUGAAAGAAAUCCCAGUGAAGUUUACCAAAAAACUUGAAGCUGUUAAUGCUGAGAUUGGAGGCAGUGUCUCUUUGACCUGUGAUGUGAGCCAUGCCAAAGGGAAGGUGGUGUGGUGCAGGAAUGGAGUUCAGAUCAAGCCCAGCAAGCGUUUCCAGAUUCAUGAGGAAGGGGUCAAGCGAACACUGACAAUAACAGGCAUCCGGGCUGAGGACGAGGGAGAGUACUCCUGCGAGUCCAGAGAUGACAAGAGCAGCAUUACCAUCACCCCCAAAGCUCCCAGAGUGGUGAAAUUCGUUACGAGUCUCAACAACGUGGUCUCUGAGGAAGGAAAAGAGGCUGUGUUCAAGUGCACUGUCUCUCCCAGUGAUGCUGUGGUCACUUGGCUCAGGAAUGGUGUCAAGAUUGAAGCCAGCAAGAAGUAUGUGAUCUCGCAGAAGGACACGAACCACAGCCUCACCAUCACUGACCUGACGCUGGAAGAUGCAGCUGAAAUCUCUGCCAAUGCUGAGGGUGUAGAAAGCACAGCCAAUCUCAGAGUCCGAGAGGCCUCAAUCUCAUUCAAGAAGAAACUGGAGCCCAGAACAGUUGAAGAGAGGGACACAGUGACCUUGGAGGUAGAGCUGACCAAGCCUGCAGAGGUGAAGUGGAUGAGGAACAGCAUCGUAUUGAAGCCCAGUGAAAAAAUAGACAUCAAAGCUGAGGGAACAAAGCAUACCUUGGUGGUUAAGGACAUCUCCUUUGCAGACAGGGGCUUCUACUGCUGUGAGAGUCCUGAUGACAAGACCCAAGCCAAGAUCAAUGUGGAAAUGAGGCAGAUCAGGCUGGUGAAAGGUCUUCAGCCCCUCGAAGUCUCUGAGAAAGGGACCAUCACCUUUGUGGUGGAAGUGUCACAUGAGGACGUGGAAGGGAUCUGGCAGAAGGAUGGCGUUCGGCUGAAGCCUUCACCGAAUAUCACUAUUGGUGUCCUGGGGAAGAAACAUUCACUGACUCUUUCUUCCGUGACUCUUGAAGAUGCAGGACUCAUCUCCUUCAAAGCAGAUGGCAUUCAUUCAUCAGCGAAGCUCACUGUGACAGAAUUGCCUGUGAGAAUCAGCAAACCUUUGGUAGAUGUCAGUGUGACUCAGAAGGACAAGGUCACCUUCGAGUGUGAGCUGUCCAGGCCCAACGUGGAUGUUAAGUGGUUCAAGGAUGGGAAGGAGCUCCGGCAAAGUAAAAAAGUGGGGAUUAUUUCCCAGGGAAAUAAGAGAAGCCUCAUUAUUCACAAAUGUGAAUAUGAAGACCAGGGAACCUAUACAUGUGAAGCAGCUGAAGACAAGACAUCAGCUACCCUAAAGGUUCAUGCCCGAGAUAUCAAGAUUGUUAAACCAUUGGAAGAUGUGGAAGUGAAUGAAUAUGAGAGUGCAUCUUUUGUCUGUGAGAUUUCACAUGACGAGGUCCAAACCCAAUGGUACAAAAAUGACAACAAGCUGAAGGCUGCCGACAAUAUUAGAAUGCGUCAAGACGGAAAGACCUAUUCGCUGACUUACACACGCGUCCAAGUUGAAGAUGCAGCAGAGAUCAAAUUUGUAGCAGAAAAGGCAGAAUCUCGUGCCCAUCUUACCGUAAAAGAGCUACCUGUAAAAAUUGUGAAGCCUUUGCGAGAUAAGAUUGCUCUUGAAAAACAUCGGGGAUUCCUGGAGUGUCAGGUGUCUCGUGCCAAUGCCAAAGUUAAAUGGUAUAAAAAGGAUGUUGAAAUUCACCCUAGUGACAAAUAUGAAAUUGUGAGCGAUGGUGUCUAUCGGAAACUCAUCAUCAAUGAUGCAGAUUAUGAAGAUGAGGACACGUACACUUGUGAUGCCUUUGAUGACAAAAGCAGUGCUAAUUUCUUUGUUGAAGAGCAAUCCAUUAGUAUUGUAAAGGAGUUGUGUGAUGAGGAUGUGACUGAGCCUGAAGAAGCUACGUUUGAAUGUGAGAUAUCCAUUCCAUCUGUGAAACCACCCAAAUGGUCUCUACGUGGAGAAGUCUUACAGGCUGGCAGAAACUUUAUCAUACAGCAAGAAGGCACCAUCCACCGACUGAAAAUACUGAAAACCAGUGCUGAUAUGACAGGCACCAUUCAGUUCUCCAUUGGCAAAUCAAAAUCCACAGCAAACCUGCUUGUCAGAGAUUACCACAUACAGAUCACCAGGAAGAUGGAGGACAAGACAGCUCUGGAGCGCCAUUCGGUCAUCCUGUCCUGCGACUUCAGGCCUUCUCCAAAGGUUGUGAAGUGGUUCAAGGACCACACACCCAUUGAGCCCUCUGAGAAGUACAAAAUCAAGAGGGAGCAGCAUUCGGCAGAGCUCAGGAUUUUGAAGGUGAAGCCUGAAGAUGCUGGCGUGUACAAGUGCAGGGCUGGAAAUGCUGAGACCGAAGCCACGCUGACCGUUGAAGCCCGCAAUGUAGAAGUACUCAAACACCUGCAGGACGUGGAAAUUGAAGAAGAGAGUUCCGCUGUCUUCUCCUGUGAGCUGUCCCACGACGACGAGGAUGUGGAAUGGUUCCUCAAUGGCACCCUCCUUUACACCAACAAUUUCAAUGACAUCAGGAAUGUUGGCAACUGCUACAUGCUGACGAUGAAGCAGGUCAAGCCUGAGGAUGCUGGCACAGUGACAAUGAAGUCAGACAAGGUGUCAGAGACCGUGCGUCUGAAGGUGAUAGAGAAGCCUGCUGUCUUCAUGAAGUCCUUGGACGAUGUUUUUGGUGAGGAGCGAGGUAUGAUUAAAUUGGAAUGUGAAGUCUCCAAAGAGAAGGUCAAACCUGUUUGGAAAAAGGAUGGUGUGAAACUCACUUCUGGUAACAAGUAUGAGCAGAUACAGUCUGGGAAGACCCUGUGCCUCCUUAUCCAUGACCUUGAAAAGACAGAUGCAGGUUUAUACACAUGUGAUAUUGGCACUGAUGUUGCCAAGUCAAAGGUCAGCGUUCGGGAACUGAACAUUGGCAUCACCAAACGACUGAAGAACACUGAAAUCCAGGAGGGAGAAAAUUGCACUUUUGAGUGUAUUUUGUCCCAUGAAAGCAUUGAUGACUUCAACUGGACACUGAACGGGAACAAAGUGGAAAGUGGUGGGCGAUUUAAAGCCUCUAACAUGGGUCGGAAAUAUACACUUAAUAUCAAAAAAGUGAUUCCUGAUGAUGCUGGGGAAGUGAUUUUCACUGCCCGUGGUCUAACCUCCAAGGCUUCUCUGGUUGUAAAAGAAAAACCUACUGAGAUUACAAAACAGCUGGAGGAUAAAACAUCAGCAGUGGGACAGGACAUCAGCCUGAGCUGUGAAUUGUCAAAACCUGAUGUGAACAUCAGGUGGUACAAGGAUGGCAAAGCAAUCCGAAAAAGCCAGAAAUAUGACUUGCACCAAGAGGGAACACGGGCCAUUCUGAUCAUCCAUGACUCCACGGUCAAGGACAGUGGGGAGUACACCUGUGAGACUGAGUUCUCUAAAACAAAAGCCAGGAUCACAGUGCAAGAAAAACCUAAUUAUUUUGUCAAAGAACUUUCAGAUCUGAAAGUGGAUGAAAGUGGAACUGCAGUUUUUAUGUGCCAGAGUGAGAAAGCUGCAUCCUCUGUGGUCUGGAGGAAAGGCAUAGCUGAACUCAGGUCUAGCAAGAAAUAUGAGAUCACACAGAAAGGACAAGUCCUGCAGCUGGCCAUAAAUAACUUGGAGAAAAGUGACAGUGACACUUACACCUGUGACAUUGGUGAUGCCCAGUCCAGAGCCAAGCUAGUUGUGCAAGGCCAGAAAGUGCUAAUAACAGAAGACCUGGAAGAUGUCACUGUGUUAGAAGGAGAAUCUGCCACGUUCAAAUGCAGAAUCUCUCCUGUAGACUAUAGCAAAGUGCAGUGGUUUUUGGAUAAAACCCCACUCCAUACCAAUGAACUUAAUGAGAUCCAGUCUCAGCCUGGUGGAUAUCACUUGCUAACGGUGAAAAAACUCUCACUGAAGGACUCGGGGGUCAUUACAUUUGAAGCUGGUGAUAAGAAAACCUCUGCCAGUUUGGUUGUUAAAGAGAAGCCCUGCAUCUUCACAAAGGAGCUGGUUGAUACUGAAGUCACUGAGGGAGAGGAUGUGGUCCUUCACUGUGAAACCUCCAAAUCAGACAGCCCUGUAAAGUGGUGCAAAGACGGGAAGAGCCUUAGGAAUUCUUCCAAGUAUAACAUCAGCCGGUCGGGAUUUGAAGCCAAGCUUGUCAUUCACAGGGCAGAAGAAAGAGACAGUGGCAGAUAUGAGUGUGAGGCUGGAGCAGCUAAAAGUAGUGCGGUUAUUACUGUCAAGGAAAUACCAGUUCUUUUCAAGCAAGUGCUCCAAAAUGAAGAAGCUAAAGAAGGGAAACAAGUCAAGCUGACCUGUGAGCUCAGCAAACCUGAUACCCCGGUGACAUGGAUGAAAGGAGGCACUGUUCUCUACGCCAGUGAGAAGUAUGAAUUUAAGCAGUGUGGUACGGUGGCAGAGCUCAUUAUUCGAGACGUCAAAUCGAUAGACUCUGGGGAAUACACCUGCAGCACUGGGGAACUGAAGACCACUGCUCAGGUGAAAGUAAACGCUGUGCCUGUCCUUUUUAAACAAGCCCUGGAGAACAUGGAAGUGGAAGAGGGGAAACCUGUCUCCUUGCGCUGCGAACUCACAAAAGCUGAUGCCACCGUGGUGUGGAAGAAGGGAGAAGCCACACUCCAGGCAAGUGCCAAAUAUGAAAUGAAGCAGAAGGGGACAGUGGCAGAGCUGGUGAUUCAUAAUGCAGAGACAGAAGAUGCGGGAAGAUACACCUGUGACGCUGGAGACCAGCAGACCACAGCCCAAGUCAAAAUCCAUGCCACCUCUGUGCUCAUCAAAGAAGAGCUGAAGAGAGUGGAAGCUGUGGAAGGUGGGACCGCCACCCUGCGAUGCCAGCUGAGCAGAGAGGCCCCUGUGGAGUGGAGGAAGGGGCACACUCUUCUGCGGCCGAGUAACAAGUACAGGAUGAGACAGGAGGGCACGGUGGCCGAGCUGCUGAUCCAUGAUCUGGACACAAAGGAUGCUGGAGACUAUACAUGUGCAGUGGGGAACCAAAAAACCACAGCGGCCUUGUCAGUGAAUGCCUUGCCUAUCCUCUUCCAAGAAGAAAUGUUGAACAAGGAAGCUACAGAGGGGGAGGCAGUCACUUUGCACUGUAAACUGAGCAAAUCGGCCCAGGUCGAGUGGAGAAAGGGGAAUAUGGUCCUCAAGCCAAGUGAAAAAUACAAAAUAGAGCAGGAAGGUCCCUUUGCGGAGCUGAUGAUCCGGGAUUUGGAUUUGGCAGAUGCUGGUGAUUACAGCUGUAUAUGUGGAGAUCAACAGACUACGGCUGCUUUGACAGUAAAUGUCCUGCCUGCUCUUUUCACCAAAGAACUGACAGAUGAAGAAGCCACAGAAGGUAAAAGUGUCUCUCUGCACUGUGAGCUGAACAAGGCUGCUGCUAACGUGGAGUGGAAGAAGGGCUUCAAGACCCUCAAAUCAAGUGACAAGUAUAAAAUGAAACGUGAAGGUGUCGUUGCUGAGCUUAUCAUCCAAAAUCUAGAUAUGACGGAUGCUGGAAAUUAUUCCUGUGUGUGCGGAGACCAGCAGACUAUGGCAGUUUUGACAGUACAUGCUUUGCCUGCAUUUUUCAAAGAAGGAUUGAAGAACAGAGAAGCCACAGAUGGUGCAACAGCCACUCUGCACUGCGAGCUGAGCAAGGUCGGCGUCCCAGUGGAGUGGAAAAAAGGGGACAAGACACUCAAACAGAGUGAUAAGUAUAGGAUGAGACAAGAAGAUACUGCUGCAGAGCUGUUGAUCCGAGAUCUGGAGGUAGAAGACACAGGAGAAUAUACCUGUGUGUGUGGAGAUCAGAAGACCUCGGCUGUCUUGACAGUCCAUGCUUUGCCUGCACUGUUCAAAAAAGAACUUGUCAAUAUGGAAGCCACGGAAGAUGGGACAGCUGUUCUGCAGUGUGAGUUAACUAAACCCACUCCAGUGGAGUGGAGAAAAGGGCAAAAAGUGCUCAAGCCUAGUGAGAAGUACAAAAUGAGACUAAAGGAUACCAUUGCUGAGCUGACAAUCCACAGCCUGGAGGAACAAGAUGCGGGAGAUUACACAUGUGUGUGUGGAGACAAGAUGACUACUGCGUCUCUGACGGUGCAUGCCUUGCCUGCACACUUCAAGAAAGAGAUGAAGAACGAAGAAGCCACAGAAGGUGGAACAGCCAUGCUACAAUGUGAGCUAUCUAGGGCUGCCUCUGUGGAGUGGAAAAAGAAACACAAAGUGCUCAAAUCGAGUGAAAAGUAUACUAUGACACAGGAAGGUACGACAGCACAACUGCUGAUCCAUGCUUUAGAAGUCAAGGAUGCUGGGGAGUAUACCUGUGUGUGUGGAGAUGAGAAGACUACUGCAGCACUGACAGUGCAUGCCCUUCCUGCUCUCUUCAAAGAAGAGUUAAGAAAUGAGGAAGCCACUGAGGGUGAAGUAGUCACUCUGCGCUGUGAGUUGACCAAGGCCGCUUCAGUGGAGUGGAAAAAAGGACACACAGUACUGAAACCUAGCGAGAAAUACAAAAUGAGGCAGAAGGAUGUCACUGCAGAACUGGUGAUCCAUAAUCUAAAAGAAAGUGAUGCUGGUGAUUAUACCUGUGUGUGUGGGGAUAAGCAGUCUACGGCUUCCUUAGCAGUACACGCGCUGCCUGCAUGCAUCAAGGAAAGCCUGAAGGAUGAGGAGGUAACAGAAGGUCAAGCAGCCACUCUGCGCUGUGAGCUGACCAAGGUUGCUCAAGUAGAGUGGAGAAAGGGAAGCAGUUUGCUCAAAGUCAGCGACAAAUACAAAAUGAGACAGGAGGGCACAGUCAUGAAGCUGCUUAUCCAUGACGUAGAAUUGAAAGAUGCUGGAGAAUACACUUGUGUGUGUGGAGAACAGAAGACAACAGCUGCCUUGAUAGUGCAUGCCCUGCCUGCACUUUUCAAAGAAGAACUGAAGGACCUGCAAGCCAUGGAAAGCCAAACAGCCACUCUGCACUGUGAGCUGACCAAGGCUGCAGCUGUGUCAUGGAAGAAAGGAAACAAAAUACUCAGGCCAAGUGAAAAAUACAUCAUGCGGCAGGAUUAUGCCCUUGCUGAGCUGGAAAUUUGUGAUCUAGAGCUGCAGGAUGCUGGAGAUUACACCUGUGUGUGUGGAGACCAACACACCACGGCUUCUCUGACAGUGAAUGCCCUGCCAUUGCUUUUCAAGGAAGAACUGAAGAAUGAAGAAGUCCUAGAAGGAGCAUCAGUCUCUCUGCGUUGUGAAUUAACCAAAGCAGCUCCAGUACAGUGGAAAAUAGGGUCCAAAGUGCUUAAAGCAAGUGACAAAUAUCAAAUGAGACAGCCUGGCACCACUGCAGAGCUGGUCAUCCAUGACCUAGAAGUAAAGGAUGCUGGAGAUUACACGUGUGUUUGUGGUGGCCAGAAGACAACAGCAACCUUAACAGUUCAUGCUCUGCCACCACUCUUUAAGGAAGAGCUAAAGAACAAGGAAGCAGAAGAAGGUGGAGAAGUCACCCUGCACUGUGAGCUUACCAAGGCUGCUCCGGUGGAGUGGCGGAAGGACAAGAGGAUUCUCAAAGAGAGUGAGAAAUACAAAGUGAGGCAGGAAGGGACCAAGGCAGAGCUGGUGAUUCAUGAAAUAGCUGAGGAGGAUGCAGGAGGCUACACCUGUGUGUGUGGAGAGCACCAGACUACGGCUGUCUUAACAGUACAGGCUGUGCCUCCGUUUUUCCAAGAAGAAAUGACCAGCAAGGAAGCAGUGGAAGGUGGAAUGGCCACUUUGCACUGUGAGCUCAGCAAGGCACCUGCCCGUGUUCAGUGGAAGAAGGGCCGUCACGUUCUCACCCCGGACAACAAAUACAGCAUGAGACAGGAAGGCUGUGUUGUGGAGCUGGUAGUUCACAAUUUAGACCUGAAUGAUACUGGAGAUUACACCUGUGUGUGUGGAGAUCAGACCACCACAGCUGCCUUAACAGUGCAUGCACUGCCUCCACGAUUCAAAAAAGACCUGAAGGACCUAGAAGCUAUAGAAAGUGGGACAGCUGCUCUGCACUGUGAGCUAACUAAACCUGCUGUGGUGGAGUGGAAGAAGGGGCAAGAGGUGCUCAAAGCAAGCAGCAAAUAUAAAAUGAGUCAAGAUGGUGCUGUUGCAAAGCUGAUUAUCCAUGAGCUGGAUGUGGAGGACACUGGAGAUUACACCUGUGUGUGUGGAGAUCAGCAGACAACCGCCACUUUGACAGUCAAUGCCCUACCAGCACUUUUUAAACAAGAGCUUCAGAAUACCGAGGCAGAAGAAGGUGGCACAGCAACACUGAGGUGUGAGCUUACCAAACCCAGUGCUCCAGUAGAGUGGAGGAAAGGAGACACUACUCUCUACCCUGGUUUGAAAUAUGAGAUGAAGCAGCAGGGCUCCACUGCUGAGUUGGUCAUUUAUGACUUAGAACUGAAUGAUUCAGGAAAGUACACCUGCGACUCUGGCCAUCAGCAGACAACGGCUGUGGUAACCGUGCAUGCACUGCCUGUCACAUUUAAGAAACCACUUCAAAAUAAGGAAUCAGAGGAAGGAAGUACAGCUACAUUGUGCUGUGAGCUGUCGAAACCCAAUGCUGCAGUGGAAUGGAGGAAAGGAGGAGUGGGGCUGCAGCCCAGCCAGAAAUAUGAAAUGAGGCAGAGGGAAUGCCGGGUAGAGCUCUUAAUACAUAAUCUCAAAUUAGAAGAUACAGGAGAAUACAGCUGUGAUACUGGGGAUCAAGAAACCAAGGCAUCUUUAAAUGUGAAAGCUCUGCCAGUUCUUUUCAAAAAGGAGCUCAAGGACAAGGAGGUGGAAGAAGGAGCUGCAGUGAAAUUCCAGUGUGAGCUGACAAAGGAUGAUGCAACAGUGGAGUGGAGGAAAGGCACCAUGGAGCUCUUCCCAUGCGCCAAAUAUGAAAUUAAAUUAAGUGGUCGCACAGCUGAACUUGUGAUUCAUAACGUAGAACCAGAAGAUGCCUCUGAUUAUACAUGUGACACAGGAGACAAACAGAGCACAGCAGUCCUCAGAGUGAAUGCCAUCAAACCCCAGCUGAAGCAGCAGCUGAAGAAUGAAGAAGUGGAAGUGGGAGGAACGGCCAGGCUGCGCUGUGAGAUUUCCAUUAGCAAAGCAGAAGUGGAGUGGAGGAAAGAUGGAGCUGUCCUUCACUCAAGCUCCAAGUACGAAAUGUGGCAGGACGGCACCCUCCGCGAGCUGCGUGUUCACAGCCUGGAGCCUAGCGAUGCUGGAGAGUAUUCCUGCAAGGCUGGAGAUGAGACCAGCUCUGCAAAACUGACUGUGAAAGAGCCUGACGUGACCAUCGUGAGUGGCCUAAAGGACACGGUUGUGUUUGAAGGGGACGAUGUCACGUUUCGGUGCCAGGUUUCUCAUGAGAAUGCAAGGGACGUUGAAUGGAAGCUACAGGAUGUUGCUCUGCAGAAUAACGAAAUGAAUGAGAUCUCAGUGGAAAAAGGAAAGAUUCACACCCUGACUUUAAGGAAGGUGACUGAGCAGGACAUUGGCACCAUCACUUUCCGAGUGGGGCCGCACACAUCGACAGCAGAGCUCACAGUAAAAGAACCAGUAGCAACCAUAGUGGAGACGCUGAAGGACAUCACUUUGUAUGAAGGAGAAGACGCAGUGUUUGAAUGCAGGCUGUCCCGGGAAACAACUCAGGAUGCCCAGUGGUUCCUGGGGGAUGUUCCCCUGCAAUCCAAUGAAAUGAAUGAGAUCAGAGUCCAAGGGACACGUCACACUUUGAUCCUGAGGAAGGUGACACUAGAAGACUGUGCGCCCAUCAGUUUCAAAGUCGGGCAGCAUACCUCAGCAGCACAGCUAACGGUCCAAGUUGCUCCGGUCACCUUCGUAAAGGCUCUCCACAGCUUGGAGCUGCAGGAGGGUGGCACAGCUCACUUGUCCUGUGAGGUGUCCAAGCCUGAUGUCCCAGUGGAAUGGAAGAAAGGCACCUCUGUGAUCCGCUCCAGCCAGAAGUGCAGCAUCAAGCAGGAGGGGAACGUGCACACCCUGGUCAUUCACGAUUUGAACCGGGCAGACUCAGGGCAGUAUAGCUGCCACACAGCUGAUGGGAAGACCACUGCCAGACUAGAGGUUAAAGCCCUGCCCGUGCUUUUCAAACACUGGCUGAAAAACGAGGAGGUGGAGGAAGGGUGCACAGCCAUGCUGCACUGCGAGCUGACGAAACCCAGCGCACCCGUGGAGUGGAGGAAAGGGGAUACGGUGCUGCAGCCAAGUGACAAGUACGAGAUCCGGCAAGAAGGGACACGUGUUGAGCUCUUCAUCUAUGAUGCUGAGGCUCAGGAUGCUGGUGAUUACACGUGUGACUCGGGGGAUCAGCAGACCACUGCAUCAUUGCAAGUCAAAG